CACCGGGAAAAAGAAAAAAAAAAAAGGCAACGUUCAUACAGCUGGAUCAAAUCAAAUCGUAAGCCCUAGUUGCAUCUUUUCUCUGAUUUAGCUGUUUCUAAGGCAGGGAUCAGGGCGAGGCCAAACUUCCAGCGGCGUCCCUCCCUUUUUCCUCCCUCUCCUCCCCUUGAUUUUUCCACCCUCUUUCAAUGUUUGGGAGGCUGUUCACCUUUCUGAUUCUGCACAAACUGAAGGAUUCUACUAUAGAGAAACUGUUGAACGACUUUGCACGUGGAUUUAUGCUGUCACCUCUGUGAUACAAAACAUCUUCCCUUAUUGACAACAACAGAAGGCUCGGUUGAUCGCUUUUUUGGUGUCCUAGUUUUUGUGACCUGUCAAUUCUCUUUAUGGCGGGAUGUUUUACAUCCAUGGUCCAAGUCCAACCUGUCAUGGCCACAACAGCACCUUCCAAAGUCAAGCGUGAGACACAAUCCACUGAUGAUGAGGAGCGUACAGAAGUGUUGUCACUCUCCGUGACGGCAAAGAAGAAGAGGAAAGUGGGUGGUGCCGGAGAAGCCAAAGGGGGGGCACCUCCCCCCACCCUGAUGAAGGCCACUAACCUGCAGGGCCAAGUGCUCACUCCGGCCCAACUUCAGAGUCUACUACAACAAGCAGGUGUUUCUAAUGGAGAAAUUCAACAAAAUGGCACACUUGCUACAAACACCCAAGGCGCACAGGGUCAGGCUAAAACUGUCAGUGUUAGCCCCUCCAACAUUCUUUCCUUGCAAGGACUGCAAGGGCAGAUCAUACAGACUGCACAGGGUACACAGUUGUUGACAUCCGGCUCAAACAACAACACUUCAACUGGAGGUGUAUCAUACAGUAUGUCACCUGCCUUCCAGACAGUUACCAUUGACGGUCAAGAGGCAAUCUUCAUCCCAACAGGAGGAGGGGGGCAACAGGUGCAGCUAGGCCACAGUCAGGCACUUUUGACAUCCAACGGUCAAAUCAUCCGUGCCCCUAAUAAUCAGGCACAGUCAUUGCCGUUCACGCUACAAAAUGUGGGUGUUCAGUCAGGAUCCCAAGGGGUUACAGUCCGAACAGCCGGUGGUAUGCAGCAAGUUCUACAGUUACCAAUGCAACAAACAGCCACCAUUUCCGUGCAAGUGCCAGUGUCCACUGCGAACGGACAAACAGUUUACCAAACUUUACAACUUCCUGUUCAAAUGAUUUCUAGCGGCAUUCCUGGCCUGAUGCAAUCCGGCACCCAAAUGCAAGUUUUGUCUUCUUUGCAGGUACCUCAGCAGCAGCAAUAUGCGCAAAUAAUUAAUGCUAAUGGGCAGAUCCAGACAGUGCAAAUAGCUAAUCUGUCACAAAUGGGCACUACUACAUUGUUGAGUCCCGGGGGUCAACAACAACAGCAGCAACAGCAACAAACGACGGUGACUAAUAACUCAAAUAGCAGCACUAACACUUCAGGAGCAUCAACUGUCACAAUAACCCAAUCAAACGAUGGCGCUCUUCAAAUCAGUACUGUUGAGAAUAACGGAGCUAGCGCAGGUAGUAAUAACCAGUCGACCAACCCAAAUGCCAAUGCGCAACAACAACAACAGCAGCAGCAGCAGCUUCAAAAUGUAUCGCAGCAGAUAACGAUUGCUGGGCUGUCUGGAGGUAGCAACCAACUUACGAUGAUUCCAGCAUCGAGUCUUUCAGGCUUGACUAGAAUGCAGACUGGCUCAAAUUUGUUGCAAGCUUUUCCCAUUCAGAAUAUCCCCGGACUCGGAAACGUCCAAGUGAUACCAGCAUCAAGCCUCCAAGCCCUUACAGGCCAGCAGACUUUAUCGACUGUAUCCCAGCAGUCACAGCCGGUUCUUCCACCAGGAACUCAAAUAAUAGCUGCUUCAUCCUUAGGUCAGCAGCUUCAGCAAGAUCCGAAUGACCCUACGAAAUGGCAGGUUGUGACCACGGGCACACCCCAGGCUACACAACUAGUAACUGUGGCUCCCGCCGCGACCACCUCCAGUGGGCAACUUUCAUCCCCUACACCGGCCGAGGGAACGAUGGAGGUGGUAAUGACUACUGAUUCUUCCGCCCCUGCAGCCAAUAGCUCAAGUCCAGCUAAACCUCGUCUUCGUCGUGUAGCAUGCACUUGUCCGAAUUGCAAAGAUGGUGAAGGGAAACAGGUUGGAGAAAACAAGCGUAAAAUUCAUAUCUGUCACCAUCAAGGCUGUGGAAAGGUGUACGGCAAGACGUCUCAUUUGCGCGCCCAUUUGCGGUGGCACUCAGGCGAUCGACCUUUUGUUUGCUCGUGGUAUUAUUGUGGUAAACGAUUUACCAGAUCCGACGAACUUCAGAGACACAGACGAACUCACACUGGAGAAAAGCGCUUUCAAUGUCCAGAGUGCGGUAAGCGAUUUAUGCGAAGUGACCACCUUUCGAAGCACAUCAAGACUCAUUCGAAAUUACGUGGGCAUGUACAGGCGGACGUUUCGGUAGACGGCGCUACCCAGAUUGUUUUUGCGGAACCGCUGGAGGAGGGGGAAGACGGCCGAGAAGAAGAGGAAGAAGAUGCUGAGGGUGAAGAUGGUGAGGACGGGGGAUCAUCGGAUGGGGAGGAGAAAAUGCUCAUCAUCCCUGGCGACGCCGUCGAUGCUUCAGCGGUUGGUAAUGAGUCUCAAAUCGACGGUUAGAGGAACCAAUUGUAUGUAGCAUUCCCCUCAUUAUGUCUCCUCCACCAAAGUCCAAUUGCUCUGUUUGUAUGUUUGCAUUGUCUUUGUGAUUAUUCAUUCGCUUUAGAGUGGUAAUAGGGAGUGGGAGCAAGAGCUUUAAUUCAUAACUAACAUCUGGCGAAUUAUAACACAAAUUCAAAUAAAAGAGACGAUUGCUCUCAAUUUAUCUCCCUUGUAUGUUUCAAACAAACUUUUAAAUGGUCAUUAACUCUUUGCAUACUUUCACUUGAGUAUUACCAUUUACCCAAUGUUUGUAAACAAAAUGCCUUAUUCAUAAUUUUUAGACUUGGAAAUGAAAAUAAAAGUUGAACAGUUAGGAU